AUGACAAGCAACGCUGCCGAAAGCUUUAACAAGGUGACAGAAGAAUUCAAAAAAUAUCCAGUAACUAUUUUGGUUGAACUCAUCAGGUUCACACUUCAAAAUUGGUUUGAUGAUCGUCUAGAAAAGGCAAGUAAGUGCACUAUCCCUUUGACUACUACUUUUGAAAAUGAUUUAAUAGCACAACAUAAAGAUGGUAUGUUUAGGAGUGUCCUUCGUAAUGGUGCCCAAUUGUUUAACGUUGGUACGAGUCCUCAAGGUGAGAGAGGUGGUGAUGUGGACUUAGUGGAGAAAACAUGCACUUGCGGACAUUUGCAAUUGCUCAAAAUCCCUUGUCCCCAUGCAUGUGCCGCAGCAAUUAGUCAGAAUGCGAGCAUGUACGCACUUUACUCUCCAUAUUACAUAAAAGAAACGUGGAAGAAGAUCUACGAUGCGACAAUUUAUAUUGUUGGCAAGGGGAUGAGUGGGUACUGCCGGAACACAUCAAGAACAUAA